AUGGAGGAGUGCAUGUUCAAAAAGCACUUGGCAAGGUGUCGCCAUGUCACUGAAGCAACGACUUAUCUCACGCUCUACAACUACAUAGGAAGUUACUGCCUUUGUCAAUGCGAUCCUUGGCAUUUGACUAUUGACAGCCUCAAUGACUUUUUACACGAGCAGGGCGAAUUCUACCCGCCGGUCGCUGGAGAAAACAGCAAGCUUUCGAGCAAGCUCCGUUUGAUCAUUCAAAAGGAUGCCAUGGAUUUAGAAACGUUCACGCCAUUGAAGAUUCCAUUGCCACCAGCACAUUAUGAGCAAAUGCUCAAAUGUUUGCGGCUCCCACUGCAUGCCGUUGAGUUGACGACCUUUCUUGGACCUCUCUUCUGGUACAGAUAUGUCGUUCUCGCAGACGACGAUCCCCACCUUCAGAUAGUGUUUGGGAAGCACGAUAGCCGCAAGAAGACUGGAACACGCGGCUGGGAACUGAUCCUGUCAUACUCUUUCAAGCGACUUGAAACCACAGGGUUCGUUAAAUGGACGCCUACCGCCGAUAUUACGGAGUGCUUAUCGAACUUGCGAGACUGUGUCCUUGAUAUAAGCCACCCACUUCUCAUUCCCAGCAUUAUCAUGUCUGGCCUAGUAGCGACAACUGACGAAGUGAAGCAACGAGAAGCCCGGACUAGCAUUCGGCAACUCGAAAAGGCAAUCAGUGUCAAUGAUGAUACAACUGGCGUUUACUACGCAAAAGAUGGCACUAUCGAUUUGCGUGCCGUCGCAAGUGAUCUUACAGAACACCAUAGAAGAAUUCUCCAUAGGCCACCCAAGUUGUAUUCCAAGGUGAUUGAUAGUUUGGAAGCUGCCACAGAUUGCUUCUGGGCAAAUAUCGACUCUGCAGACAAAACCAAAGCGUUAGAUCGGCUCCAUGCGACUUUGAAGGACCGUUUCCAGUGCCACAGAGUGCGGCUCGUCGGACUGGAGAAAUACGUUUCAAUAUCUGUGGAACGCUUGAACAUCCAAAGGAGCAUGGUUUCAUUCAUUACGGCCGAAAUUGCACAGAAGGAUGCGAAACUGAAUCUCAAGAUAGCGGGAGAUCAGAGGAAAAUAGCCCAUGCUAGUAAAAGCGAUAGCCAGGCAAUGAAGGCUCUGUCCCUCCUCGGUGCUGCAUUCCUGCCUGGCACGUUCAUCGCCUCUAUUUUCAGCAUGUCGUUUUUUGACUUCCAAACUCGUCAGUACCAGCCUCAUGUUUCGUCAAAGAUUUGGAUUUACUUUGCGUUCAUGAUUCCAUUGACCACUGCUGUCCUUCUUGGAUGGCUCUUCUGGGAUCAUAAGCGAAGAAGAUCGCAACACUUCAUCAGGUCUGCCACCAAUAACACCGGCUCCGACACCGAGAUGGCAAUAUUGUCUGAACUAUCUAAGAGAUUGUGA